AUGGCUUCUUCGCAAGGACACGAAGCCUCUUUUGACUACAUAAUUAUCGGUGGCGGUACAGCCGGCCUGGUUGUGGCUUCUCGUCUCAGUGAGGAUGACGACGUACGCGUCCUCGUUGUGGAGGCUGGUGCGGAUAAGAGCGCUGAUCCUCUGGUCCUCACCCCCGGUCUGGUGGCCGGUGUGUAUGGCAAAGAAGAGUAUGACUGGAAUUUUACUUCAGUCCCUCAGCCGGGUCUGAACAACCGAAGAAUCAAUCAAGCACGAGGCAAGAUGCUUGGCGGCAGCUCCGCUUUGAACUUCAUGUUAAUGCUUUACCCAUCAAAGGGCAUCUUGGAUGCUUGGGGUGCUCUCGGAAACGAUGGCUGGAGCUUCCAAGUUCUCGCCCCGUACUUCCGCAAGCUCGGCACUGAUCACCCGCCGCCUCAGUCUGCCAAGGACAUGGUUGGCUUGACCUAUCAUGAUGAGAAGUUGAGCGGAAAUGGACUGCUUCAGGUGUCUUAUGGAGAAGGUUACAGUCCCAUGAAUGCGGCUUGGAUGCAUACCUUCGACAAGCUUGGCCUCGGUGUGACCGGUGAUCCUCGCAGCGGCAAGUCUUUUGGUGCUUUUCAAAACCCUUGCAGCAUCGAUCCGGAGACCAAAACUCGAAGCUUCGCAGCAAGUGCAUACUACAAUCCGGAGAUCGCCAAGAGAUCCAAUCUUGUGGUCUUGACUGAAACCCUAGUGAAGAAAAUAAUUUUCGACAACGUUGAAGGCGAUGUUUCGGCGACCGGUAUCCAAAUUGUCACCAAAGAUGGCCAGGAGAAAACCAUUUCAGCCAAUAUUGAGGUUGUGCUUUCAGCUGGCGCUCUUCACACACCACAGCUGCUGGAACUCUCUGGUAUUGGAGGGAGAGAAUUGCUUGAAUCUCACGAUAUCCAUAUUGUGAUCGACAACCCCAAUGUAGGAGAGAAUGUUCAAGACCACCCGGUAGUUUGUCAGAGCUUCGAAGUCAACGAAGGAGUACCAUCAGGCGACGUUCUCCGAGACGGGAACAUACUCAACGCUGUUGUCGGUCAAUAUCAGGCUACGCGUGAGGGACCCUUGGGACAGAGCACGAUUAGUUCUGCAUACACACCACUUGCCGACAUCAACGGUCUAUUGUCGAAAGAAGCGAAGAAAUCCCUCCUUGACGCUAACGUGGCGCACUCAAACACUGCAUCCGGAAGGGCCAUUCGGUCUCUUAUCGAGUUGUCCGACGAACCAAGCAGCCAAUAUCUCCUGUUUCCGUCACAAAUUACCAUCAACGACCAUCCGGCCAACAUGGCCGAGUACAUUCUCCCCUCGCGGCCGGAGAACUACAUCACCGUCAUGACGAUACUCAACCACCCAUUUUCCCGCGGCACAGUUCAUAUUACAAGCCCCGAUGUCAGAGUCCUUCCGGCUUGGAAUCCAAAAUACAACUCCAACCCUCUUGACUUGGAGCUUCUGGCUCGCAAUGUGCAAUUCGUCGAGAGAAUUGUGGGAACCGAGCCUUUCAGCCCACUGCUCAAGCCUGGUGGCAAACGUCUACCAGACUUGAAGGGUGACUAUCUUGAGAGCGCCAAGGAGAUCGUGCGCCAGAGGCAAAUUUCCGUGUUCCACGUAUCGGGCAGUUGCGCAAUGCUCCCGCGCGAGCAGGGCGGUGUCGUCGAUGAGCGGCUUCGUGUAUACGGGGUGAAGAAGCUUCGUGUCGUUGAUGCGAGUAUCUUCCCUAUUGAGCCUCUCGGUAACAUUCAAAGCACUGUGUAUGCGGUUGCGGAGAGGGCAGCCGAUCUCAUCAAGGAAGAUCGGAAAGCAGGCAACAUCUAA